AUGGGGUUUUUCUCGGAGACAAACCCCGGGUGGAGGGGACCCCGUGGGGCGCCUAGGAGAUCAGGGUUUGGGGAGCUCGAGAGACCUGUGCGAGGGUUUGGGAUGGGGGUGUGCCUGCCUGGAACUCGCCCCGAGGGAUCCUCGGGUGGAAACGAAGGUGGAGCGGGCCAUGCGCCCCCUCGGCAGUUUGGCAAUAAUUUGGCUGAUGUUCUCACGUCAAGAUAUGGACUACCAAUGCUGAAGACCUAUCGCCAUGUCGAAAAGAACUUUUUCAAAAUCAAGAAGUUGGAAUUGGACUUGAAAUUUUUAGAUUAUUGCAAAUUGAAAAUAGCCCUUUUGGCUAACAGUACAUAUGUACAACAAAACCAGGAAACUUAUUCAUCUGAUUUCACUGAACAAGUCACUAACAGUCUUCAAAAUCUUAAGUCAGACGAACAUAUUGUUAUUACAAAACCUGAUAAAGGAAGGGGCAUUGUGUUAUUGAGUAGAACUGACUACAUUAAUAAACUCUCUUCUAUACUUUCUGACUCGUCUAAAUUCCAACUGUUAAAUGUCAACCUUGCCACCCACCUGUUAAAGCUAGAGGCCAAGCUAAACAGAAUCGUACGACCUUUAAAAACAAUCCUUGAUGAAACCAUAUAUCAUUCUAUCUUUUCAGCUGGUUCUCGUGCUGGUUUUAUGUAUGGUCUCCCAAAAGUACACAAACCAGGUUUACCCCUUAGACCAAUUAUUUCAUCUAUUGGCACCUUCAGUUAUAAUCUGGCAAAAUUUCUUGUACAAAUCAUUCAACCUCUAACAUAUAACGAAUACACGAUUUCCAACUCAUCGAAUUUCAUAAAUGAAAUCAGUCAUUUAAGAUUCGAUGACACCAUAACCAUGGCUAGUUUUGACGUCGAGUCUUUGUUCACGAAUGUACCUCUAGCUGAGACCACACAAAUUAUCACUAAUAAUACUACAGCAGAAUUCCUUUCACAAUUUGGUUUAGAAAAGAAACAAUUACUUUCUCUUCUAAUAGUUGUCACAAAAGAUUCAGUUUUUACUUUUGAUAACCGCCUGUACACUCAGAUUGAUGGUGUUGCUAUGGGUUCUCCCAUUGGCCCUAAUACAUAG